GGCUCGUCUGGGUGUCCGCUCUUGAGCUAGGGUGCGCUGGCCUUAAUAUACUACUACCAGCACUACUACUUUUAGCUGCCGACAUUGCAUUGUUGCUACUGCUAUUUGUCCACACCAGCCUUCCACCAUUGCAUUUCUUCUCUCUUUCUGCUGCUUGUCCUGGAACAGAGCUGAUUAUGUCUUCGGCUCCAGGGCGCGCCCAAGACAGCUUAUCAGGCCAUCAUAAUCCAGCAGCAAGACUUUCGGGCUUCGCCGGUGAAAUGGAUGUUAGAAAUCCCAACGGGCUAGACAAUAUGCCUCGCAUGCCAGAUCAUGGCGGCCUGGGUCACUAUUCUGCAAACCCCGCCUUGGGAGCACAGCGAUUGCCUCCUCCACAAGGCCUACUUGCAGGAGUUCCUUACGCGCCAGACAACUUUCGACCUCCCUCUCAAGACCACCCUCAAUAUUUUCGGCCGCCAUCUUAUCCUCACAAUAAUGCCGGCCCUAGCACCUCAUCUCCCCUAACUUCUCCUUCACAUGUCCCCAAUACCGGACCCGUCACUCACCAGAACUAUCCGAACCAUCAGAUGGCAGACACGGUCCAACCGCCUCAGAUGUUGCCGCCAGUGGCGCCUGGGAGGCUCGACGGUUCUGCUGACCCUCGAUUAUCUCAGUUUCCCUCCAAUACGAACCACAUGAACCGUCCGCUGCCACCACCACAAUCUUUUAGGGAACCAGAGGGCAGCAACACACCAUCUUAUAGUCCAAGAUACGACCAAGAUACACCCAUGAUGGAAUCAACGCUUCAGCCAGAGCCCUCAAGGCCAGUAGCUCAAUCGUCAUUUUACAGUCCGAAGAGCGCAGAAGCCACCCCGGUCAAAGUGCCCAACUUGCUGAAUUCAAAUAAGGCCCAAUUCUUGAGCGACAUUAGCUUUGAGCUCAAAAUGCGCCAACAGCCAAACGCAGCCCGAGCUUGCGGAUUCGGCGAUAGAGAUCGAAGAGUCAUUGACCCGCCUCCGAUUGUGGAACUCAUUGUUACAAACCCAAAUCUCACCCAAGAGGAUGUCAGGGUCUACCUACGGUACGAGAGCUAUGUCAUGAGCUGCGCCAUAUUCGACGAAUCAGGAGAGCGCGAUUCUUCUUACAUGCCGGAAGAAUACCAACAUCAACGACGGUUGAUGGGUUCUCUUGUUUCGACGCCGUUUGUGGGGCAGGACGAGAAUGGAAAGGAAGGUUGCUUCUUCUGCUUCUCCGAUCUUUCAUGUCGUACUCCGGGCUCGUUCCGAUUAAAAUUUACACUGAUGAUGAUAGAUCCUGGCCGCGCUGGAUCUGUUCGACACUUUCCCAUCUUAGCAGAGAUCAAAAGUGAACCUUUCAAAGUUUACAGCGCCAAAGAAUUUCCUGGCAUGGUAGCCAGCAGCAGUUUGGCUAAACGUUUGAAAGAGCAAGGCUGCAUCAUUUCAAUCAAGAAAGGAAAUGACAGAGGAAGAGGCCUCAGAAAUCCAGAAGACCUUUCAGAUAACGAUGACGACGAAGAUGGAGAAACGUCACAAAGCCAGAGAAGGAGGCGGCAGAUGCGAAACUGAAAAAAAAAAAAAAAAAAAAAA